GCCUUGAUCUUCAGAAAGUCGCGAGUAUUGGUCACGUAAGAGUGUUGUGAAGUAAACAGCAGCCGAUUGACAAUAAUGCAUGUCUUUUAACGUUUAGUGAACAGAAGAUAUACAAGCUUCGGAGAAACUGUUGAUUUUGUGGUAUAUUCACAAGAAUUUUUGGAAAUAAUGAAGAAAUGGAAAUGUGACUUUUUGGGAACGUAUUUGAAGAGAUUAUGGAAUGAUGAUCUGGUCAACAGCAACCAGAAAAAUGAUUGUUCACCCAUACUGAAACAGACCCUGGUGGCCUUAGCUCCUCUACUACUGACAAUAUGUUCAGGAAUGACUUCUGGAUAUUCAGCUAUUUUGCUGCCCCAACUCAAGAUGAACAGUACUAUCAACAUCAAUGAUGAAGAAGCUUCAUGGAUUGCUUCAAUGGCCGCCCUUCCCAUGGCCAUAGGCUCAGUCGUUGGCGGGUUCCUUGUGGAAAAAACAGGAAGAAGAGCCACCCACGCCAUUUCCUGUAUGCCCACGCUGAUUGGCUGGCUGCUCAUCUACUUCGCAUCGAACAUCGAGAUGAUUUUGGCGGGAAGAUUCGUAACGGGCUUCUGCGUAGGCCUGCUGGGAUCAGCUACCGGAGUUUACAUUGGGGAAACCUCGGAACCCGCGUUCAGAGGGUUCCUGCUAGCUGGAAUAUCUUUUUCCAUAGCUUUCGGUCUGUUUUUGUCACACUUGCUAGGCACGUUUUUGCAUUGGAGGACCACAGCUUUGAUCAGCUCCCUGCUUCCUAUCGCGAGCCAACUGAUCCUACUUUUCGUACCCGAAUCUCCAUCAUUUUUAGCCAAAAAGCAAGACCAAGAAAAAGCGGAAAAAUCGUUCUAUUGGUGCAGAGGACAUACGGAACAAGCGAAAAAAGAACUAACCAUAAUGCUGGAAAGACAAAAGCAACAAGUGCCUACGUCACAAGCAACAAGUAUCAGAGACAGGAUAGACGAGCUACUAGUACCGGAAUUCUUGAAACCGCUUGGCAUCAUUGUAGUUUUUAUAGUAGCCAAUCAGUGGGCUGGAAUCAAUGCUAUAACUUUUUACACUGUAACGAUAAUGAAGAAAACCAUAGGAGAAGGAGUGAACGAAUAUGUAGCGAUGCUAACGGUAGAUACCAUAAGAGUUUUGAUGUCGAUAUUAGCUUGUAUUUUAUUGAGAAGGCUGGGCAGGAGACCACUAGCUAUAGUAAGCGGAAUAGGGACAUCCCUAGCACUCAUCUCUCUUAGCGCUUCGAUAUACCUCGCAAAGUUCUACCCUAACCUCACUUUCGGCACUUACAUCCCCAUGACUUCGCUUGUAGCUUACAUAGCAUUCGUUUCCGUGGGUUUUGUGCCUUUACCAUGGGCCAUGAUUGGAGAAGUGUUUCCUAUGAAAACAAGGAGUAUUGGUAGUGGAAUUUCUUCGUUUAUGGCAUUUACGGCAUUUUUUACCGUGGUUAAAACCAGCCCGGGGAUGUUGGCAGAAUUGGGGACCAGUGGGACUUUUUUGACUUACAGUGUCGUGGCGACAGUUGCGACAGUUUUCGUUUGUUUUUAUUUACCGGAAACCAAGGGAAAGGCGCUACAUGAGAUCGAGGAUAAAUUCAAAGAUAAGGCUUUGAAAACUGCAAAAGUAAAACAUGAUAACCAUUGAAAAAUGACAAAUUGAAAGAUAUAUUCCUUAGAAGGAAGAAGUCAGUUGGAGAUCAAAAAUCAUAAAACUCAAUAUUAUGAUUUGAAACUUUGCAACAUACCUAUAACAUGUAAGUUGCAAAAAAUAAAGUACCAGAGAGAAUAAAAUAUGUUUCAAACUUACCUGUAAAAUAAUAUAUUCAAACAUGAUAUAACUUCAUAUCAUCAAAAAAAAUAAAGUAACAGCAAUCAGUUGUUGCAUGGAUGUAUAACAAAUAGAUAUUCAUCAUACAGGACAUAGAAAGAAAUUCAGGAAGAAAACUGCCCAAAGUGUGAUGUUAAUUAUUGUAUAAGUAUAUCAUAAUAUAAUAAUUAGGUUAAAGCUUACAUAUAAACUGAACUCUGAUGAACACAUUAAGUUGCAUGGUUAUGUUUCUUAACCAUUCUCUAAAUAUCCAAGUCAUCGUCUGGAUCUUCUUCAUCCCAAUCAUCAAUCUCAUCAAACUGAUAGAAAAUCCGUCCACCAUCUUGAGAAUCUGUUUGUUCACUGCUAAAAAAAAAAUUUACCAUAUGUGUGAUGAUUCAGAAAAAAAAACUAUAACUCACUUGGGCAAAUAAGGCAAAACAAGACUGUCCCUUGAUGCCUUAUCUUUAUCACUCAAGGCAAUCUUAAAAGUAGAUAAAGUCUCUGGAUUGACAUCUACUGGAGUUGAUUUCUCCAGCAGCUUUUUUGGAUCCAGUCUCUCAAUUUUCUUUGAAAACAGUAUACCAUCUUCAAACCAGUAUUCCUCUAUCUGGAAAUAUUCUUCAAAUAACCAGACCAACAAUUCUACAGUUAGGAAAUUAUGUAUCAAAUUCACCAUUCUAAAUUUAGUAAGUAAGAGGGGAUGCAUAAAGUUGGAUUCCCAAUCUCAACCCUACUUUUCUAUUUACAACUUCCAAAUGAUAUGGAACAGGAAAAUAUAAAUUGUGACGUCAGUUAAAACCAAGAUAUUGUAAAAUAUUAAACAUACAGAACCAUAAUAAAUAUGUGAUAUAGUGACAUUUCAUUC